AGCAGUGCAGGAGAGAGUCGUCUACAGACGAUACCUCGUUUUGCUUUCACAUAUUUUUGUACUACAGAAAUUUGAUUCCCUUUCCCAUAGAAGAUAUCGUCGUUGAAGUUCGAUAAGAAGAUUGUGUCAUAGGAGUUUCAUCAAUUUCUAUUUCACUCGAUAAAUCUGUUUUUUUUGCAUUAGCGAAGAUAGACGUAGCUGUCUCGUCGUUUUAGGUACUGACUUCUUUGGAAGAAUCAGAUUGUUUCAUACAUUUACAUUGAGUGGUCUUAAAAAACAUAUAGCUUAGCAAAGAUGUCGAUGUCUGGAGUUGUUCUCGGCGAUGGCUGCAAGGAACUCUUCACUCAGAUGCAGUUGAAGGUACUUUUACCUUUGCGACGAGGACGCAGAACAUGAUGCGAACUUCGCGUUGAAUUCUUUUUCUUAUCAUCAAAACAUGGAACAUUAUAUCUUCGUCUUCUUCUACUUCUUGUUUUUCUUUUUACCACCUAUCAUUCUCAUUUUUCAUCCCACCCUAUUUCCUUCUUCACAGCAUACGCUCCGAUACAUUAUCUACGAGAUUCAAGACAAGAAGACCAUCGUGCCUCUCGCACAAGCAGACAAGUCGAAGAAGUAUAAACUUCACCCUAUUUAAUAUUAUGCAUUAUAUUCUUAAUCAUAAUCUUAAUCUUCGGUUAUAAUACACAGUAACGCUCUAGUUGGCAUUCUUUUAGUAUCGAUUUAUUGAUAGUCAUACUCUAACCUACCACAUUUCCUUAAGUACAUUGUUGAGAUGAAGCAAUCGGAUCUGCAUUUCAACAUCAACAUGAUGUUGCAGAUCAUUUAAUAAUUGUUUUGUUUCAUAGCUAUGACGACUUUUUGGGAGCCCUUCCAGCCGGUCAGCCAAAAUUUGCAUUGGUAGACGUGCCAUUUGAGGCAAAAACAGGAGCACAAACGUCGAAGAUGGUCUUCGUCUUCUGGUAUCUUUUAGUUCUUGUCUUCAUUCAUCUUUCAUCAAGGAUUUAAUCAUGAAUCAAUGUUCGCACUAGACCUCCAUAAAAAAUACUACAGUUGGUGACUCUGACUAGUACUUUGUAUUUCAGCUCUUGUCGCUGGGGGACACUUCUGAGCAGCUCGGAGUUCAGGGAGGGCAGUGAAGAAGAUUUCCUUUCGAAUCCUUACAUGACAGGUGCCCUGACGAUUGCGGAGUCAAGGACAAGAUGCUUUACGCAUCUAGUAAGGACGUUAUCAGGAAAGCGUUUACGGGGGUACUACUUAUUACCUUUAUUGCAGUAAAAAUAAUGCCGCUGGUACCAAAAAUGAUGAUCAUUUUUCAAAAGAAUGAGCAUCAUUGUGACUCGUCUGCAUCGAUCACAAGGUUGUUCAGAUGGAUGCUUCAGCUAUGCUCUUUCCGUAUCUGUCCAGUAUUGGUACUUCAACUCACUACUUGUGAUCUUGCUCAUUCCGCCUACACACAUUCAGAUCCAGUGCGAAAUUCAGGCGAACGACAAAGGUGACCUUGUCGAGAAGGAUAUUAUCCAGAAGUUGCUCUAAAUUGCUGAUUUCGGUGAUGCAGUCUACGCAUUUCACCCAACAACAUCAUUGACAAAUCCAAUUAUGGUAGAACUAUUCCCUCCUGUAUAAAAAACCGGGGAAUAAUCUCCUCGACCCUGACCAGCCACACACUAGUAGGGUAUGAGUUUUAAUAGCUUUAGGUGAUCAUAUUUCUUCUAGAAUAUUAGUCAGAAGAUAAGUUACUUGUUGUUCCUGGUAUUUUUCGCAGGUUUCCGUCCCCACAAGGAAACUUAACAGCAUUUCACUAAAGACAAGUUUACUCACAUUAUCACAAUACGAUUCUUGACUCCGUUGUUUUCCUUGUGUUGCUUAUAUUCAGUUGCAGUCGUUGACGUUGUACAACUAUCUCAGCUCAACUACAGAGAGCUCACGGAUAUGAGGUAAUCUAUUUUUCUAGAGAAGCAACGCGCUGUAGCAGGGAGAGGUGGGGGUUUUCGGACAGCGAACUGGCUGAAAACGAGUCAUUUUUUUUGGACUCCAGGGUAUAUAAUCACCUUUUUUUCGAAUCACUACCAUAUAAUUAUUCGCCGAUCCCGAUGUUACAUAAGUACCUUGAAGAUUUCACUCUUGAUCAAACUCGGAGGAAGGAACACAAAUUAAGAAAAGAGGGAGGACCAAUGUAAGGUAGGCACAAUACCAAAACCCACCCUGCUGCAGUGAAUCGUGUGCGCGUGGUUGGACAAAAUCACGGUGACAUGCCCAUGACCAGAAGGAUUUUGAGAUACACAGAAGCGAAGAGGAAGACGAAGUAAAUGUAAAACUAUAACAAGAAGGGUAUGAAGACUGUGACUAAGGGCACACAGGUCCUCAAUCAUGCUAACUUCUGCC